UCUACAGUGCCUCCAGAUGAUCCCAUAAUUACUGGAGGACCAGUCGUUAGCCUGCGUGCUGGAGACCCACUGAAUUUGACCUGCCAUGCUGACAAUGCCAAACCGGCAGCAUCCAUUAUUUGGAUGCGAGGAGGAGAAGUCAUAAAUGGAGCAACCUAUUCAAAGACUGUCCUCCGUGAUGGCAAAAGAGAGAGCAUCAUGAGCACACUCUUUGUCUCUCCAUCUGAUAUUGAGAAUGGACAGACCAUUGUCUGCCGGGCCACCAACAAGGCAAUUCCUAAUGGAAAGGAGACCUCAGUCACCAUUGACAUUCAACAUCCACCUCUCGUCAAUCUGUCAGUAGAACCUCAGCCUGUCCUUGAAGACAACACCGUCAAGUUUCACUGCUCUGCUAAGGCCAAUCCUGCCGUCACUCAGUACAGAUGGGCCAAAAAGGGUCAUAUUAUAAAAGAAGCAUCAGGCGACUCUUAUGAGACCAUUGUGGACCAUACUUAUUUUUUUGAACCAGUAUCUUGUGAAGUGACCAACGCUUUGGGCAGUACCAACAUCAGCAGGACUGUAGAUGUCUAUUUUGGGCCACGCAUGUUGUCAGAACCACAGUCCCUCCUUGUCGAUCUUGGAUCGGAUGCCGUAUUCAACUGUGCCUGGAUUGGAAACCCAUCUUUGACCAUCGUUUGGAUGAAGCGGGGCUCAGGCGUGGUCCUAAGCAACGAGAACACCUUAACGCUGAAAAACGUUCGCCAAGAAGAUGCAGGGAAAUAUGUCUGCCGAGCAGUGGUUCCACGUGUGGGUGCAGGAGAAAGAGAAGUGUCCCUGACUGUCAAUGGGCCACCUAUCAUCUCCAGCACACAGACGCAGCAUGCGCUUCAUGGAGAGAAGGGCCAGAUCAAAUGUUUCAUCCGUAGCACCCCUCCGCCAGACCGAAUUGCCUGGUCGUGGAAGGAAAACGUCCUGGAGUCAGGAACCUCAGGGCGAUACACGGUUGAAACGGUCAGCACAGACGAAGGCGUGAUCUCCACGUUGACGAUCAGCAACAUCGUCCGAGCCGAUUUCCAGACCAUUUAUAACUGCACUGCCUGGAACAGUUUUGGUUCAGACACUGAGAUCAUCCGUCUGAAAGAACAAGGUACGGAAAUGAAAUCAGGAGCUGGUAUGGAAGCAGAGUCAGUGCCAAUGGCAGUCAUCAUAGGUGUGGCAGUCGGAGCUGGUGUGGCAUUCUUGGUGCUGAUGGCCACCAUCGUGGCUUUCUGUUGUGCUCGCUCACAGAGAAAUCUGAAAGGUGUGGUUUCCGCCAAGAAUGAUAUCCGCGUCGAGAUUGUUCACAAGGAGUCUGCCUCGGGCAGAGAAAACGAGGAACACCCGACAAUCAAACAGUUGAUGAUGGACAGGAGUGAGUUCCAACAGGAUUCAGUUCUGAAGCAGCUGGAGGUGCUCAAAGAGGAAGAGAAGGAGUUCCAGAAUUUGAAGGAUCCCACAAAUGGAUAUUACAGUGUCAACACCUUCAAGGACCACCACUCCACGCCCACCAUCUCUCUUUCAGGUUGCCAGCCUGAGAUGAGACCGGCCAACAAACAGCGCGUGCCUACAGGCAUGUCCUUCACCAACAUCUACACAACGCUUAGUGGGCAGAACCGCCUCUACGACUACAGCCAGCGCUUUGUCUUGGGCAUGGGGAGCAGUUCCAUCGAGCUCUGCGAGCGGGAAUUCCAGCGGGGCUCCAUGAGCGACAGCAGCUCCUUCCUGGACACCCAGUGCGACAGCAGCGUCAGCAGCAGCGGCAAGCAAGACGGUUACGUACAGUUCGACAAGGCCAGCAAGGCCUCGGCCUCUUCUUCCCACCACUCCCAGUCCUCCUCACAAAACUCAGAUCCUAGCCGACCCCUCCAGAGGAGAAUGCAGACCCAUGUGUGAGAAGGGACCUGAGGAGAUGGGAAAUGGAGGAGGCCAGGGGGUGGGGGAAGGAAGAGAAAGCAGGACAGGACAAACCAACCACUGGAGGUGGCCUGAAGCAAGGUUCUGCCACCAGUGAGGGACCCGGCUGGACAUCCACACCUUCUGGGCAGCGGGGAAGCUGUUCCGUAGUUUUAUUUGCACUCGGGUAGCUUUUAAUUCCAGAAAGCAUUUCUCCCUCCUUCUCUAGAGUGAAGACUUCAUGGGCGAAGGGAGUCUAAAUGAGCCUGCAGAUAAAACAGUCCAAGCCAAGAGACGUGCAUCUUUCUUCCCAGGACCUGUUGACCCCCAUUAAGCAGGUGGAGAGAACCUUCGGCAGCUGAACCCAAACUAAUUUUAAGCACAACGUCUGUUUACUUUCGUAGCAGACCAGGCAUAGGGAAAUGGGAACAAAGGAAAGCAAAAGACAACACGCAACUUACUUAGACUGAGACAAAACCCACAAGCUCAGUUUUCCAUCUAUCUCAUACCUGCCUCUUGUUUCAGAGAUCAGCCAGACUUACAAACUCAACCCCACAACAGUACAAACACCCACAGUCUUUAUUGGGACACUAAGGGGAUCUGGUUCCUCCCUCUUUCAUUCUGAAUAAAGUGAGCCACUUGGCCACAUGAUGUUUUGAGAGGGGACAUGGUCUUCCCAUAGAUCAGUCAUUUUGUAUUUUCCAGUUCCUGUGCCCCACAACUCUAGGUGGUGGUAAGCGCUAAACAUGCUAACUUUCUUCUUCAGAUUCCUGUCAACCCCUCUGGCGGUAGUUGCUUCAUGGAGACCAGAUCAUGCUCUUAGUGGCUUCUCUCCUUCCUCUCCCAUUGUGACAACGCUUCCUGACUGUGGACCUUUUGGAAAUGGUGCGCCUUCGAAGCUGUUAGGUUCACCAGCCAACUCCCCUUCCCGAUGCUUAGCGCUAUUUGCAAAACUGUAAUCCCAAAAUGUGUUCUUCGAGCAACCUCAAAGAGUGUGCUUAAUUUAAAGAGAUUCAAAAGGAGGGUGGGGCGGGAAACAGCCAUUGGUGUAACUUAAUGUGCACUGACUCCUGAUUCUGGUCUUUUCUUUUUCAUUUUCUUUCUUUUUUAAAAAAUUAACGUACCUUUUUAAAUUUCUGUUGGAUGUUUCGUGUUCAUAAUAUUACAGUCUGUCUUUGGAGGAGGAAAAAAAAACCCAAUUGGAGUUGAGCACUUUUAAAGAGUCUCUUCUCGACGGAACAUACACAGACGGACGCAUACAUACACGCACAACGAACCUAUUCCGUUGGUCUUGGUGGCAAAGGAAAGAUCAGUCAAUGGAAGGCUCAGCUAUGGGACAAUCGCAGAUCAGGCUCCCCUGAAGGAUGUGACAUGGAGCAGAGGGUGUCUUCUUAUUGCUGCUCAUGCAUUUUCUGCUCUUACCUCACUCACACACCCCUGCCAUCGAUAGCACAAUUAGAAGAUUAAUGCAAGAGCGGUUACAAGCCCUGUUGCCAUGAGUUCAUUUGGAAGCUUGCCAAACCAAAAAAAUAAAUAAAAGGUGUCAAUCCCAAGACAGAAAUUACACAACACAUUUAGAGCAGAGGAGGUGUCUGGAAUGUGGCUUUCUGUGCUGUCGGUUCAGUGUGUAGUGUUAGACAAAAACAAAGCACUCCAGGAAAAUGCCCAGAGGUCACCCAGAGGGUAGCUAGCUUCUACACAGUUGCCCUUGGCUGCCAUCGGCUGUAUUGUCGGUCGAGUGCUCACAAGGGGCUUAAAAAUGUAGACCAUGAGUGGAGAAUGUAUGUCUCUCUCCCAUCUCCUCUAGCCAGCAUAGGAACCAUCAAGGAUGCUAAGAACUGAGAACAACUGGACAGCCACAUGCUCCCCAUCCCUGAUGUAGAUGAUUGUACUGGCCUGGUGUACAUUUGCUGUAUCUUUUCUCCUUGCCGUUGGCCAAGGGUUCUAAACUUUUGAUUUAUUUCUUGCACUAGCAAAGAAAGUAAAAAAAUAAAGAAGAGCCUUGUGGCACCCUGG